CUCUGCUCGGUGUCUCUGUCGGUCUGUCGGUGAGCUUUCGGAGUUUUUUUUCUGACCACCAAACCUGCACAGAUGGCGACUAAGUACACAGAUUUGGAGCUGGCCAUCAACUCGUUGGUCACAGAGUUUCAUAAAGCUGCAGACGACAAACCGACCAUGAACACCACCCAGUUCCAGACCAUGAUCUCCAAAGAGCUGCCUGGAUUCGCUAAGUCCGUGGAGACUGAGGAGGGUCUGGGUCAGGUCCUGGAGCAGAUGGGGAUCCAGAAAGGCCAGAGCAUCUCCUUCGAGAACUUCUGGACUCUGAUCAACAAACAGGCCAUCCAGCUGUUCAACUCCACGUACAAAGAGAAGAGUGCCAAGUGCGGCUGCCUGCUGCAGUGAGACCUGCGACGCCCGAGACCACCUGAGACAACAGACACACCUGAGCCUGGAUCCACCACACCUGUCUGGUCUCUCUGUGCACA